GAUGGCGUAAGCACUCCCCCAGCAAUGGACCCAUCUGUGACGCUGUGGCAGUUUCUGCUGCAGCUGCUGAGAGAGCAAGGCAAUGGCCAUAUCAUCUCCUGGACCUCACGGGAUGGUGGUGAGUUCAAGCUGGUGGAUGCAGAGGAAGUGGCCCGGCUGUGGGGACUGCGCAAGAACAAGACCAACAUGAAUUACGACAAGCUCAGUCGGGCCUUGCGGUACUACUAUGACAAGAACAUCAUCCGCAAGGUGAGCGGCCAGAAGUUCGUCUACAAGUUUGUAUCCUACCCUGAGGUUGCAGGGUGCUCCUCUGAGGACUGCCCACCCCAGCCUGAGGUGUGUGUCGCCUCCUCCGUGGCAAAUGUGGCCCCUGCUGCUGUACACGUUGCUCCUGGGGACUCCGCCUCAGGGAAGCCAGGCACACCCAAGGGCACAGGAAUGGCAGGCCCAGGUGGCUUGGCACGCAGCAGCCGGAAUGAGUACAUGCGCUCAGGCCUCUAUUCCACCUUCACCAUCCAGUCCCUGCAACCACAACCCCCACCUCAGCCAGUCCCUCAUCCUCGACCAGCCUCAGUGCUCCCCAGCACCGCCUCUGCAGGAGCAGCAGCACCCCCCUCAGGGAGCAGUAGCACCAGUCCAAGCCCCUUGGAGGCUUGUCUGGAGGCAGAGGAAGCUGGCCUGCCUCUGCAGGUUAUCCUGACCCCGCCUGAGGCCCCGAACCCGAAAUCAGAAGAAAUGAAUAUGGAGCCGGGGCUGGGCCGGCCACUGCCCCCAGAAGUUAAAGUAGACGGGCCCAAAGAAGAGUUGGAAGCCACUCCCAGUGGGGAGGCGGGGUUUGUGCCGGAAGCCACUAAGGUUGGGCCGGAUGUCCUGCCCGCGGUCGUUAUGGAGACGACCCCGCAAGAGCCGGGCCUAACAUCUUCCACAGCGUCCAGAACAGAGAAUGCCCAGCCUCAGAAGGGCCGGAAGCCCCGGGACUUGGAGCUUCCACUCAGCCCGAGCCUGCUGGGUGGGCUGGGACCGGAACGGACUCCGGGAUCAGGAACUAGCUCCAGUCUGCAGGCCCCGGGACCGGCGCUGACGCCGUCCCUGCUACCUACACAUACAUUGACCCCGGUGCUGCUGACGCCCAGCUCGCUGCCCCCCAGCAUUCACUUCUGGAGCACUCUGAGUCCCAUUGCACCCCGUAGCCCGGCCAAGCUCUCCUUCCAGUUUCCGUCCAGUGGCAGCGCCCAGGUGCACAUUCCUUCUAUCAGCGUGGAUGGCCUUUCGACCCCUGUGGUGCUCUCCCCAGGGCCCCAGAAGCCAUGA